AUGGGUGAUCCAAAUUUUGCGCAUGUUGUGAUUGACGGUUCCGUUCUUGAGGGCGUACGAACUGUACAAUUGUUUAUUAAUUUUCAUUAAGGGUGGUCAAAUUUUGAGAAAUGCUGUUAGCCUAUCAGUUCUUGCUAAGAAGGCAGUGACGAUCGAAAAAAUAAGGGCCGGACGACCAAAACCGGGAUUAAGGUAAUUCAAUAUCUGCCAAAAAUUAUUGUUAGUCCCCAGCACCUGACGGGUCUGGAGUUAGCAGCUCUUGUGUCAGACGCACAACUCCAAGGCUGUAUUUCUGGUUCACAGCAAAUUACAUUUAAGCCGAAAUGUAUUAAGACGGGAGAGUUCGAGGGUGACACAAAAACCGCAGGGUAAUUUUGUUAUAAAUGCUUAUGCGACUAGCUCCGUUGCAUUACUGGCCCAGAUUACCGUGCCAAUACUUGCCUUUGGACAGCACGCGAGCACCCUUAUUCUUAAGGGUGGAACUGAUGCCAGCUUUGCCCCUCCGAUAGAUUAUCUGAGUGAGGUAUGUUCUUAUUCCCAUCCAGUUUAUAAGGAAGGUAACUGCACAUUACUAUCGGAAGAUGGGCCUGCACUUUGACAUCGAGGUCCUUGAACGGUACCCAUCCCUUCGCUUCCUUAUGUAUUAGUGGCUACUACCCCCGGGGUGGUGGAAAAGUCAAAGUUGUUGUACAACCUGUGGCUCCGAAGCUCACUCCAAUCACCUUACACGAAAUUGGAAGCAUAUCAAAAGUAUUUGGUUCUGCUUUCGUUGCUGGGAAGGUCCCAAUUAAAGUGAGUAAACGACCUGGAUUUAGGAUCGUAAUUUCGAUAUUUCAUCUCGAUGCCAAUCGCUGUAUCGUCUUCAUCUCUAUCCUCUGUCCCUACGUAGGUUGCGGAAGAGAUGUCCGCGGUCGCCAGGCGAUUAUUUCGAAACCACCUUCCCGAAUGCCCGAUUAAUAUAAGCGCAUUCCGUGCCCCGGACAACCGCUUUCACGGUAGCGUAGCAACGUUCUUGUGAGCAUUUCGCUAGUUUUUUUUUAAAAAAACACUCACUCAUUACUUUUGGACGGUUACCAUACUGGAUAUGCUCUCUUCUUUUCCAUCAUGCACCUGAGCCGCGCAUUAUCAUCACAAACCAAUUAUGAACAAACAGUUGAGAGCGAUGGUCAACCAUUAUAAUUUUUCUGGCCAACACUAUCAACCAUUUCUCAAUUCGCGCUUAGGUUCGUGCUCGAGACUUCAACCGGUUGUCGUCUAGCUGCAUCUAGACUCAGUCAGCCCCGCGGGCCUUCUGCGGAGGACCUGGUCACAGAUGCGAUUGAAGAGCUUAUGAACAGCGUCCGGGCUGGGUCUUGCUGCGACGAGAACAUGCAGGAUAUGCUAGUCUUGCCUAUGGCUCUGGCUGACGGAAAAUCAAGCCUCCGCACUACCGCCCUCACCCUGCACACUCAGUCGGCCAUCUACGUGGCGGAGAAACUCCUGCCGGUGGGUUUUCUGCUUUUAUAUGUCUUCAUGUUUUCUUCCACUCGCUCUUAUGCGCAGGUUUCCCUCUAUUUCACGCGUCUGACGCAUUUUUGUGCUGUAUAAAAUGCGCAGACCGCCGAAAGUGCGUUUUGAAUCUUGAGUACUGCUAGCUUUCUACAAUGUAAUUUUACGAAAAAUUUCUUUCACGUGCGAAUUUCCCGAGGAUUGUCACAAGCGCUGAAGGAUGAAAGGAUCCCGUCUUGACACUAGAUAGUUUCUUCAAAUAGACUGUACAGCUCUCGAGCGUCCCCCGUGGGUGCUCAGCGGGUAACCUCAGGCAUAUGCUGUAAUAUAAAAUUUGCCACAAUCGCACUUAGUGGAUGCUGCCUGCCUUCAGAGUGCAGCGUCCUCCCAUGCAGACGCCCCCACUACUACAGGGGUAAGACGUCCCAUGUUACGAGGUUCUUGGAGCAUAGAUUGCAGUCCAUAAGAACGGCCCUACCUCAGCCGUCAAUGUUGAAAAAACAAGUUGGCCGAUAAGCCGCUUGGCCAUCCGGAAGGCCAAUCUAAAUGACAGAGCAGUGGCUUGUGCCAGCUUCUAAAAACAUCGACCACUUUCAAGCUUUGGUCGAAAUAGCCAUACCUACUGAAUGAUUUGAUAAAGACGGUCUUUACCGAAUUCCCUUAGGUCAAAUUCGUCGUGGAGGAGCAGGCCAACGGGACGGUCCUUCUGUCUUGUGAAGGCGUCGGCUUGAGUGGAUCCUCGCUCUAA